UGGGAGCAGCAGGGCCUUCGCUCCUCCCCACACUAGACUGCUCCGCCUCUCUUCCGUGGAGGAGGCCGGGCUCACACUCACUCACUCACUCACUCGCACUGCGCCACACUGCCUGCUGAUCAUUCCUUCCCUCCGCUCUGCCCGUCCUCCUCCCUGUCAGAGAGAGAAUCUCGCUCGCUCUGCAUUCCGCAGAGAAACAUCAUGGUACAGUCCAAGAAGAAGUUUCGCGGCGUCAGGCAGCGCCACUGGGGCUCCUGGGUCUCCGAGAUCAGGCAUCCUCUCCUGAAGAGGAGGGUGUGGUUGGGCACCUUUGAGACGGCGGAGGAGGCUGCGCGGGCGUACGAUGAGGCUGCCAUCCUGAUGAGCGGGCGCAACGCCAAGACCAACUUCCCCGUACCGAGGAGUGCCAACGGGGAGAUCAUCGUCGCCCCAGCAGCAGCAGCACGGGACAUUCGCGGUGGCGUUGGCUCGUCGUCCUCCGGGGCCGCCGGCGCCAGCAGCCUGUCACAGAUCCUCAGCGCCAAGCUCCGCAAGUGCUGCAAGACACCGUCCCCGUCCCUCACCUGCCUCCGCCUCGACACCGAGAAGUCCCACAUUGGCGUCUGGCAGAAGCGCGCGGGUGCCCGUGCCGACUCCAGCUGGGUCAUGACCGUCGAGCUCAACAAGGAGCCGGCCGCAGCGGCACCACCAACGCCCAGCGACAGCACGGUGUCGGCGACUCCUUCCUCGUCCACGUCCACGUCCACAACGGGCUCCCCACCGGAGGCAAUGGAGGACGAAGAGAGGAUCGCGCUGCAGAUGAUAGAGGAGCUGCUGAGCAGGAGCAGCCCGGCUUCGCCGUCACAUGGGCUGCUGCACGGUGAAGAAGGCAGCCUCCUCAUCUGAAGAAAAAUAUUGCACGGUUAAGAAAGUGUGAUCAGGUCACCAUCCCAGAUCAAGGAUCUGGUAGGGUGGUUGGCGCACAAGCAGUUAAGAUCAUUGCUCCACAUCGUAGGUACCAGCCGAGUAUCUCUCCAUUACGCACUACGUAAAAUCAAGCUUAGGAAACGAUUAAUUACUACUGUGUAUGUACGCGUGUGUGUGAAGCCCUGUGUAUUUAUAAAUUAAUCAAAGGCUUACUUGUAUGUAACUAAGUAUAUGCCGUCACCGUCAUGAUAGUCACACUAUGUAUCAACAUCAUCAGACUAUAUAGUACUACAUGAUUACGUAUA